UAACGACUAACAUACUGGUUUUUAUUACAGGUCAUGCACCCUCAACAGUUACUGGACAAGAUGCCAACCACAACGAAAUCAACGCAUCUUUAACCUGGCACCGAUGCUCCAGUACAUUCACACCCAAAGAUGACGUAAAUCUGGAAGAAUAAACUACAGGCAAAACAUAAACUCUGCCUCUGGCACCGGAGAAUAAAGUCUAGAAGAUUCGACUCUUUGGAGACAAAAGAGGCAGCGUUUCUAUAGCACAAUGGCCAGUCGUUUGCUCGUGUUCCUAGUAUUCUGCUCAGUCAAUGUAAAUUGUGACGGCCUACUACAACGAAGGCAACGAAAAUCCCAGGCGUUCUCAUCCGUAACCUCCAGGGUUGGAACCCACACCAAGCCUAACAUCAUCCUGAUUUUGACGGACGACCAGGACGUGGAGCUGGGCUCACUCGCCUUCAUGCCCAAAACCCUGCGGAGCAUCAGGGACCACGGGGCGGAGUUCAGACACGCCUACGUCACCACGCCCAUGUGCUGCCCUUCGAGGUCCUCCUUGCUCACCGGGAUGUACGUCCACAAUCACCAGGUCUACACCAACAACGACAACUGCUCGAGCACCCAGUGGCAGGCCACCCACGAGACUAGGAGCUUCGCCACGUAUCUUUCCAAUGCAGGAUACAGAACAGGAUAUUUCGGCAAAUACCUGAACAAGUAUAACGGUUCAUACAUUCCACCAGGAUGGCGGGAAUGGGGUGGAUUGAUUAUGAAUUCGAAAUAUUACAACUAUUCUAUCAACAUGAACGGAAAGAAGAUCAAGCAUGGAUUCGAUUACCACAAGGAUUACUAUUCCGACCUCAUUGCCAAUGACUCCAUAGCAUUUCUCAGGCAUUCCAAAAAGCAAUACCAACACAAACCUGUGAUGCUCACGAUGUCGUUUCCUGCCCCGCAUGGACCGGAAGAUUCUGCACCACAGUUCUCAGAUCUGUUCUUCAACGUCACUACUCAUCAUACUCCAAGUUACGAUCAUGCCCCCAAUCCAGACAAACAGUGGAUUUUGAAGUUCACGCAGGGCAUGGAACCGAUCCAUAAGCAAUUCACCGACCUUUUGAUGACGAAACGUUUGCAAACGUUGCAGUCUGUCGAUUCGGCGGUGCAGAGAGUCGUAGAGGAACUGGAAGACCUUGGGGAACUCCAUAACACCUACAUCGUGUUCACUUCGGAUCACGGAUACCACUUGGGACAGUUUGGGCUUAUCAAGGGCAAAGGAUUUCCUUUCGAAUUCGACAUAAGAGUACCGUUUCUAGUCAGAGGGCCAGGCGUAGAACCAGGCACGAUAGUCAACGAGAUAGUCCUGAACAUAGACUUGGCACCCACAUUCUUAGACAUGGCAGGAGUCGUCCCUCCUCCACAUAUGGACGGAAAGUCCGUUUUGCCGCUAUUCCUGAACCCGAAAAGAAAAAAGUUGAAAUGGCCCGACACAUUUUUAAUCGAAAGGGAGUUCCCAAACUUGGACAAAUCAAGGUUGAACAGAUACUCCGCUGCUGCCAAUCAAAGAUCUCCGAAUUCUGGAGUUCAUUCUACGACAACAACCACCAUUGGAUAUGAUUCUUUCAACUAUUCCACUUCUGAAAUGUCUACUGAAGAACCCCUUUUACCACGAGUCUAUGACUCGAGUGAGGACAACGUUUCAGAAUCCAUUUCAGAAAAUGAUGAGGACAUAGAAGACCAUACUGAAACAGUAGAAGAUGACGAACUAGAUGAGGAAGAUGGUGAUCUAGAAGAAAAAACCAACACCGACAAUGUUGGAUUAGCAAUGACUAAUAUGGACGAAGGAGACAUGCAACUGGACAACAGGCUUCUACCGGCUUUACCAGCUAGAAAAUUGGAGAGACUUGCCAUAGAAUGUAUUAGGGAGGAAAUGAAGUUACCCUGCUUGCAAGGACAAAAGUGGUAUUGCGUGAAUGACGGUGGUAGAUGGAGAAAACAUAAGUGCAAAUCAAUUGACCAUGGGCCCAUAACCAUUCCCUAUCCUUCGGACAGAGCCUACAGGAAAUGUGCCUGUUUCACACCAAAUGGACUCAUUUACAAAAAACUUCCAGAAGAUGACAAUAAGAUUCACAGGGUGACCAAAAGAGAAAGAAGAGUGCGUUUGAACCAAUUAGAACAUGCUCUAGAGAGUUUCGACGAUCAAAUGCACGGGAUGACGGUUGAAAAUGAUACUACGAACAACGUAAUGGCCCCCGAAAACAACAUGAACUCAAACUCAAUUUCAACACCUGCCUGUAUAAUCCAAAAAGGAAAAAUAAACUGUUCGACAGUGAUUUACAAAGACAAAAAAACGUGGCGCAGGUCCAGACAUAGAGUCGAAAAUGAAAUUCAAGACCUCAAACACAAAUUGGAAACCUUGAAGGAAAUCAGGAGACAUCUAAAAAAUACUAGGCCGCAGGACGCUACACCUGGUUUUAAUGGAACAGAGUUGAACUCAUUCAAUGAUCUGACUUUUCAGCACAACAGAUUAUCUGUUGAUAGAAGUAACCCUGCAAAUAACCAGAACAUGUUCAGACCCAUACCUAUUGAUCAUACAACUAGAACAAGUAGAAGAAAAAAGAAGAGACCACACAACCUGGACAGGAAAGUUUUCAGAACAACAACAAUUGAGCCCAAUGUUAAAAUGAAUAGAAACGAAGAAAUGUCUUCGAAUGACACUGUUCCAAGUGAAGUAACAACAGAACCUUCUUGGACAACAUCCAGUCAUCAUAGACACAAACAUAGACUUCUUACAUCUUCUUCAAACUACAAAAGUUCAACUACACCUGCACCGUCAGUAUCUACUUCUAGACCUAGAAGUGUGCCAUCAACUCGCAAACCCCACCGAGAAGAUGUGAUACCAUUCCCGAGAAAAAAAAUCAAACCCGAUCUAUGCCACUGCGAGAUCCGAGACCCUGAUGUAUCAGAAGAAAGGGAUGCCGCCAGGGAAGAAAAGAGAAGAAUAAGAGAAGAACGCCUGAAGAAAAAGCUUCGCAAGCAAAAGAAGAAAGAUCAGUUGGAGAAGGAGUGCGGACAUGAGAAAAUGAACUGUUUCCACCAUGAUAAUGAUCAUUGGAGGACGGCUCCACUGUGGACUGCAGGACCUUUCUAUCCCUUUGAACUCCAGAACAGGGCCAAUAUGUUGAAACCCGAAGAAAAAUCGUACUUGCACGAUCUCUUGGCAGAGAUGAUGGCUUGUAGAGGUAGAACUUGUACGUCGGGGCACCAUACUAGAUCUAAGAGUAGUUCCAACGUUUUACCUUUACACAAUGUCGAUCAACCACAUUAUAAAAGAAGAAAAUUAGCUGAAGAUGAUCUUGGAGACGUAGGGGCACAAGACAGUCAUCCAACAGCAAAACCAGACAUGAAAGGAAUCGACAAAUCUACUAUGAGAGCAGCCUUAAGAAGAGUAGGCAUUAGAAAGAGGCGAAAAACAUAAUCAUAUUUCUUUCCCCAAUCGACUGAACCGUUCUUUAUUCAACGAAUUGUGAUCUCUAAUUUAUUAACAACCUGUAAUAAUUAUUAUUUCUAGGAGCUUAAGGGCUUUUUAUGUAUGUGUAAAAAAUAAUUUAAUAUGUACAGAUACCAAAAAGUAAAGUCAGAUGCGCUAUUAGUACAAAUUUGUUUCAAUCCAUGAUUUUCAGUGUCUAC